UUAAAAUCCACCUCAAAUCCCCUGUUCACACCAAAAUGCGUGAAGAAAUGGCACUUCUUGACCAAUAUGUUGCACCAGGACUGCGUCUCUGGAUGUUGAUUGGGCUUGUUUCGUCCGUUCUUCUGACAAUGAUUGUAAUAGUUUGUUGUUUUGUUCGUUUGAGAAUUCCUCGCACAAAACGUCAGAUUGAACUCCGAGCAGCAAAACGCAGGAAACGAAAAGCAGAAAGGGCAGGAACUGAUUUUGCUGAUCAACAUGAACAAGACCAUUACAGAGGAGGUCAAACAAUUGUACUCAAUUCUUUCAAUAUGCCUACUUCCACUAACAAUGGUGGGAGAGGUUAUAGAAAGAAUUCAGAAAAUCAUCACCAUUCCUCAGCUGUUGCUGCGUGUAGUAUACCCGUUUAAA